GGACGUCACCGUGUCACCGCGGUGCAUUAUGGUCAAGUGAAUCAGAAGUCCUGUCAGCUCGUGCCGUUUAGCAAACUAGCGUUAACCGGGAGGGCUAUAGUUAAGGUUAGUGGUAGUCUGGGUGUAGCGGCACGUCGCUGACUCGUGUCUUCUUUAACUGCCACUGUAAACUUUAGGCGGGUAGUUACUACACGUUCUUUGUCCCGGAGCUAACAGCUAACUAAGUUAGCACAACAUGCACCGCUGCACUGGACGCCUGAAGACGUUGUGAGGAAAGUUACCGAACUAGCCUAAAGUUAUGACAAAGGCAUGACAAGAAGCUGUGGUGACCAGUAUCCGCUCGGGUCGUGAAUUCUAUAAUGACGUUUCCUUUUGGUGGCAGUGGCGCAUCUGGACCGGCUGGUUUCACGAGCGAACCGGCCAACAUCUGGAUGGAAUGAGAUAACUGCAGGGCUCCCUCUGCCGCUGGAAGCUUCACUUUCCUCACGUCCCCUUUGCCGUGUUCCUGUGUUGGCGUGGAGAUGGGGCUGCACAGGGUGAUGCUGGCAGCCUGUAUGAACUGCACAAGGACUCAUCUGUCUGUUUUCAGUUCUGUCCGAACGUUUUCCUUGGGAGUUUGUGGCACUCAGACCCUCUUCCGCUGCAGGGGGCUCAGACUCGCUUUGCCCUCUGGAAGUAGGAGGCUGGGACUGAAUAGUAGCCGGAGCUACAGUGACAUCGGGUCAAAUCUACUGUGCAGUCAGACGCUGUUUGUGUCUAGAUGUCACUCCAGAAAGUCUACUGCACCUGGAAAGGAAAGGCUGCUACAAGGAGCUGCAACGUGGCCUGCACCUGCUAUUCGCUGCAGAGUAACUGAUGCUCCUCCUUCCAGUGUGUCUCCGUCGUUUCUUGUGAUGAAGUUUGACCAGGAGGGAAAUGUGACACCAUUUGAGAAAAAGAAGACUGAGCUUUGCCAGGAACUAAGUCUUCAGGCCCGAGACCUGCGCUUUCAGCACAGUAACAGCCUCACCACUAGAAACAAUUGUAUUAUUAUACGAAUGGAGUCUCUCAAAGCCAUCGUGACCCCUCAGGCCCUUUUGGUGUUGGAUUUUCGUGGUCUGGGGUUGGAGCGCUGGUUGGUUUUAGAGCUUGGCCCCCAGCUAGCAUCACAGACACACUCUCUGCCGUUUGAGUUCAGAGCACUGGAGGCCAUAUUGCAGCACAAGGUGAACUCUCUACAAACCCGAUUAAACGAAGUGGAACCAGCCAUACUGGACAUAUUAGAAUCCCUGGUGGAUCCUAAAAUCCUAUCUGCUGACAGAAGCAAACUACACGUGCUGCUGCAGAACAGCAAGAGUUUAUCAGAACUGGAGACAGACAUAAAGGUGUUUAAGGACUCCUUGCUGAAGAUUUUGGAUGAGGACGAGCUCAUUGAAGAACUCUGUCUGACAAAGUGGACAGACCCAAGAGUUUUUGAAGAGAGCAGUUUGGGUAUUGAUCACGCUGAGGAAAUGGAGCUGUUACUGGAGAACUACUACAUGCAGGCGGAGGAGUUGGGGAACAAGGCCAGAGAGCUGAAAGGGCUGAUAGACGACUCUGAGAGUGUCAUCUUCAUCAAUCUGGACAGCCAUCGUAACGUGAUGAUGCGUCUGAAUCUGCAGCUUACAAUGGGCUCAUUCUCCCUCACAUUGUUCGGUCUAAUAGGGGUUGCCUUUGGAAUGAAUUUGACAUCAUGCUUUGAAGAGGACCCUCAUGUUUUCUGGCUAAUAACGGGCUUUAUGUUCUUGGGUAGUGGGCUGAUAUGGAGACGACUGCUGUCCUUUCUUGGGCGACAUCUAGAGCCAUCAGUGCCCCCACUAGUAACGCACAUACUCAAUAUCCCUCCAGUUUGGAAGAGAAAUAUAAAAGCGUCAGACAUCAGGACUGGAGUCAGAUGAACUUUUACCUUUGCUAUGUAAACUGACACAGAUCUCCCACAGACUGCAGCUUUAAAAACAAAUGUUUUAUUAACCCGGACCUCAUGAAUCUCCUGAAAGUUGUUGUUCUUGUUGUUCUUCAACAGCCUCUCGUGGCUUAGGCGAAUACAGUUAAAAUAGUUUUAUUUAAAUAAAUAAACCACAUUAAUCUUUAAA